AUGGACAAGAUGUGCCAGUUGUUCGCCAGUGUGGCGAUUGUCGUGUGCCUGUUCGUGGUCGCCAUCGAUAAACAUCAUGUGACUGCCGUGGAAUCCUCUCGUCAUGGUGGGCACCGCCAAAUUGCCGCCACCCACAAGGACAAUGUGAAUUCUGAUAUUGUGUUCGAUGACCUUCCCGUGAGUCCUGCCACGCAAAUCCUGGAGGAAGAUCAGCACAAGGUGGGCAGGAACAGGACGAAGGAGGAGCGGCAGCUGAGGAAGCUGCGAAGGCGUGUGCUGCGGAAGAAGAAGAAGAGGCUGAUGGAGAAGGUGAAGAAGGCGAAGAAGGUCCCGAAUCAGGGCCUCAAGAACCUGAAGAAGUUGAGGCAAACGAAAAGUGCGGCGCCCUUCUUGCCUCUCAUGGACAACAUGAGAUCGAAGAAGCGAGUGCUGAGGCAGAAGUCGCUCUACGAUGGGGAAAAUGACGAUGAGGACGGCGAUUUUUCUGGCUCUGGCUCAAUGCCUCACAUCACUGGAGACAGACUGUUCUUCCUGAAUUUUACAUUACUGGAAGCAUGGAAUCAAGACUACGCCAAACGCUCUUCGUCAGCUUACAAAGCUCUCUUGGGAAAUGCCACGGAAUCCCUGGGCAGAUUCUUCAACGAUGUCCUCGUGGACGAUGAGAAUCACAUCAAUGUGAAUGUGCGGAGAGUCGUGCCGGAUCAUGAUUUGCACACAGUUCGCGUUGAGGCGGACAUUGUGGCGGAACAGCCGGUGUCUGUGGUGAAAUUAGACAGUGAAUUGCAGCGUCAGGUGAACAAUUAUCAUCGCAUUGGGAAGCUGAACAUCCAGAAUAAACGUCUGGAUUUCCACAGUUUGACUGAGUGCGAGAGUUACGAGUUCCGAUGCAACGACGGGAAAUGCAUUCCGGCUGAGCUGAAGUGCAACAACGUGCCGGACUGCGAUGACCAUGAGGACGAGGACCUGCCGGAGUGUCCGCUGGACAAUUGUCAAGUGUACGAGUUCACGUGCGGCGAUGGAAACUGUGUGCCGCGUGAGAGUCGCUGCGACGGCGUGUCAGACUGUCCGGACGACACGGACGAGAUGGAGUGCAAUGAGGACGGGAACAGGGAUGACGAGGAUCCGGAUGAGCCCGAUGAGUUGUGCGCACACUUUGAGUUCCAGUGCGAGAACGGCAUGUGCAUCCAUGGCGAGGAUCGGUGCAAUGGUCGCGACGACUGCUCGGACGGCAGUGACGAGCAGAAGUGUGAAUCAUGCAAGGGUGAUGCCUUCCACUGCACCAGCGGCGAGUGCAUCCAGCAGGCCUUCAAGUGCGACAAGCGCCAGCACUGCGUCGAUCUCAGCGAUGAACUCGACUGUGGCUUCAACUUGGCACCCAAUGCAUGCAAAGCCAGCGAGUGGCAGUGCUUCAACGGAGAGUGCAUCAAUAAGGACUUUGUGUGCGACGGAUCGCGCGACUGCUACGAUAACUCCGACGAGGCGAACUGCGAUGGGAGACACAAUGUCACGGAAGUCCAGUGCGCCUCUUAUGAGUUCCCAUGCGACGGUCGCUGCCUGAGUGUGAACUAUCUGUGUGAUGGCACGCCGGAUUGCACGGACGCGAGCGAUGAGCAGAAUUGCCAGGAACCGGAGCGACCAGCACUGCCGAGUGUCCCUCAGCCUGCUCCCGAAUUCCCGCAAUUCUGCCCUGAACUCUACUGUCAAUCUGACUAUCGAUGCUACAGCCAGUCACAGAGAUGCGACGGCAUCAGAGAUUGCUAUGACGGAUCAGAUGAACACAACUGCCCGCGACCGCCGCCGAGGCUACCCGAGAGGCCUCUCGAGAGGCCGCCUAUGGUAGGGGAAAGUGGUCAGCCUUCCUGGUCUUCACACACUGACAUCAAGCUCAGAACUUAUCCCACGGAUCAGAUCAUCAAGGAAGGACGCGAGGUUGUCUUCCAAUGUCGCGAUGAAGGAGUCACUCGGGCUCGUGUUCGCUGGACACGAAACCACGACGGACUUCCGCCGAAUGCCAAGGACAUCAAUGGUCGCCUCGAGAUCUCUAACGUUCAAGUAUCCGAUUCCGGAGAAUACUACUGCGAAGCUGUCGGCUAUCAGACCUAUCCAGGCUCGAGGACUAAUGUGUAUCUCACCGUUGAGAGAUACAAUCCUGUUCUGGAUGCGCCUGUCGGUUGUCCUCCGGAGAAGGCGACGUGCAUGAAUGGCGACUGCAUCGAGAAGAACCAGGUGUGCGAUGGCACGUACGAUUGCUCGGAUGCUUCCGAUGAGUCUGGCUGCAGUCGCACCAACAGCUGCGAACCCAACGAAUUCCACUGUGCCAAUCGGAAGUGCGUGGCCAAGACGUGGCGCUGCGAUGGUGAGAAUGACUGUGGCGACAAUUCAGAUGAGCAAGGAUGCGCCACGACGGCCCCCGAUGCUCCGUGUCGCUUCCACGAGUUCCAGUGCAAGACUGGCCAGUGCAUUCCCAAGUCCUUCCAAUGCGACGCUCAUCCUGAUUGCUUUGACAACUCAGAUGAGAUUGGCUGCUCGAAGCCGACAGUGGUGCAAACGCCGCCGCCAAGGAUGCAUCUCAGCACGGGUUCAAUCUUCAACAUCACGUGCCGCGCCGUGGGAAUUCCGGUGCCGCUGGUUGUGUGGCGUCUCAACUGGGGUCACAUUCCGGACAAGUGCACGACGACCAGCGUGAAUGGCUACGGAGUGCUGACGUGUCCUGGUGUGGAGGUUCGUGACUCUGGCGCAUACUCGUGCGAAGUGAUCAACUCCAUGGGCACGCAAUUCGCCUCGCCGGACACAAUUCUCGUGGUCGAUGGCACAGAAGUGUGUCCCAGCGGCUACUUCAACUCCAAGGCGACGCGCCAGGAGGACUGCAUCAACUGCUUCUGCUUCGGCGUGUCCACACAGUGCUCUAGCGCCGAUCUCUACAUAUAUUCUCUGCCGCCGCCAGUCACUUCGCUCCACGUUGUGGGCGUGACGGGACCGUGGACGGGGCAGCGGGAGAUUGAUGUGUCGCAGUAUCAGGCGCACGAUGUCAUUGCCACGAAGUUCGGUAUCAAAGUGAGACUCUCGGACACGGUGCGCGAGACGGCGUUCUACGCCUUGCCUAGCGAGUAUCUUGGGAACCAGCUGAAGUCCUACGGUGGCUUCCUCACCUAUGAUCUGGAAUUUGUCGGGGCUGGACCGGCCAAUCAGGCUCCUGAUGUUCUACUCUUGGGCAAUGGCUACAAGUUGACCCACAAGAUCAGAGGACCCCUCAACGCUGGCUCCUUGCACCAGGUGAAGGUGGAAUUCCACGUGGGCACGUGGUACAAGGAGGACGGACGCCAGGCGACACGCGAGGAGCUCAUGAUGGUGCUGGCGGACAUUGAGAACUUCCUCAUCAAGCUCAAGUAUGUGGAGAGUCAGGAUGAGGUGCAGCUGAGGAAUAUCGAGAUGGACUCUGCGGCCACGAUUGAUCGCGGUCUGGGCUCUGCUACUCUCGUGGAACAGUGUCGCUGUCCUGUUGGCUACACUGGCUUGUCCUGCGAGGCCUGCGCCAGUGGCUAUGUGCGCCAGGAGACCGGAAAUUGGCUAGGACGCUGCGUGAAGGCGCCUGAGAGAUGUCCUGACGGCACUUAUCUGCCACGCGGUGGCUCUUCGUGCAUCACUUGUCCGUGUCCCGGAGGUCCGUAUGGCGCCAACUACGGCUACUCGUGCAGCGAGGCAUCGGAUGGCGACGUAACGUGCUACUGUAAGCCCGGAUAUGCCGGCAGGAAGUGUGAACAGUGCGCGCCUGGAUACACGGGCAAUCCACUGGUGCCGGGCGAUGUGUGCAGAGAGCAGCCGAGCGCCGAUUGUGACGCCCAGGGCACGCGCACCGUGGACGCCGGCGGACGGUGCAUCUGCAAGAACAACGUGGUGGGCAGGAGGUGUGACCAGUGCGCCCCGAAUGCCUUCCAUCUCAAUGCGGACACACCGAACGGAUGCAUCCACUGCUUCUGCAUGGGUGUCGCCAGGCAGUGCAUGAGCAGCAAUUACUACAGAGACUCAAUCCAAUCGACACUGUACAGAGAUCGCAGUGACUUCGACAUCAUCUUCAACUACGACGAUCCUCAGUUGGGCGAUCGCGAGAGCGUUCAGGUGUCCAGCUAUGAGACAAUCUUCCGCAAUGUUCAGCACGAUGACACCGAAGUGUACUACUGGAGUCUGCCGACGAGAUUCGUUGGCGACAAGGUGACUUCCUAUGGCGGUGUUCUCAACUACACCGUGCGUUUCACGCCUCAGCCGGGAUCGGCGAUGUCGCGCAACAGUGCACCUGAUGUUGUGAUCAAGUCUGAGAACGACAUCACGAUUCUGCACUUCCGCAAGGAUGAAAUUCGUCCCACGGCGCCGCAAUCGUACUCUGUGCCCAUCAUUGAGCAGCACUGGCAGCGGAGCGACGGCAAGGAGGUGAACAGAGAACACCUUCUGAUGGCUCUGGCCGAUGUCUCGUACAUCUUCAUCAAGGCGACGUACACAACGACCACGGAUGAGGCAGCUUUGUCUCAAGUUUCUCUGGACAUUGCUGUGCCGAAGAGCGUGCAAACCGGCGGCAGAGCGUAUGAGGUGGAGAUGUGCCAGUGUCCGCAAGGAUAUACUGGCUUGUCGUGUGAAGAUUGCGCUCCUGGCUACAAGAGAAGCGACGAGGGAUUGUAUCUCGGCCUCUGCGAGCCCUGCGAAUGCCAUGGACACUCCAGCGAUUGCGAUCCAGUGACUGGCGUGUGCAAUAAUUGCGAGCACAACACCAAGGGCGAUUUCUGCGAAUUGUGCAUCGAUGGACGCGGAAAUGCCACCAUUGGCACACCUUAUGACUGCUUCGGCGGUGAGAACUUCACCGGAUGCGAUCAGUGUGACUCACGAGGGUAUGUGUCGUGCAGCGACAGACAGUGCCAGUGCAAGAACAAUGUGAUUGGCGGCCAGUGUGAUCGAUGCCGUGCGGGAACGUUCGAUCUGCAGACUGAAAAUCCCGAGGGAUGCACGAGUUGCUUCUGUUUCGGCGUGUCAGACACUUGCACGACCUCGAGACUGUUCCGCGAGGAGAUUCCCAUGGUGAUCUUCAAUGAUCACUUCCGCGUGACAACGAAUGACAACAGUUUGGUGGCCGAUGUCGAGGAACUGGCCACGGACAUCUCCACCAACACGGUGUCCUAUCAAGUGCUUGACGAUCGCACGGUGUACUGGAGUCUGCCGAAGCAGUUCACAGGGAAUCAGAUCUACUCCUAUGGUGGCACUCUGUCCUACAAGCUCAGCACGGAGGAUAGAGGAGCGCAUGUGAAGGACAAUGACGUGAUCAUCAGAGGCAAUGGACUCACGCUGACGUGGCAAAAUCCGCAGGAGGAUCACUCGUCAGUGGUGGUGCCAUUCCUGGUGGGACAGUGGCGCAAUGGCUAUCAGAUCGCCACCAGGGAGGAUCUCCUGAGUGCUCUGGCUAAUCUGGAGUACGUCCUCAUUCGCGCCACGACGAAGCAAGCCACAACGUCCACCCACAUCAGCGAUAUCAUCCUGCAGACGGCCGUGACACAGCGCACUGUUCUCGGCAAUGCUGACCACAUUGAGAUGUGUCGCUGCCCACCAGGAUACUCAGGCUCCAGCUGCGAAUCCUGCGACAUAAUGCACUACCGCGAGACGAGUGGCAGUCGUCUGGGCGCGUGCAGACGCUGCCCGUGCUCAGAGAAUGCCGAGUCGUGCAGUGAAGACGUCUACAGACGACUCACUUGCCACUGCCGGCCGGGCUUCAGUGGCGAGAUGUGCGACAUCCCCGACACACCGGAUAUCCCUGAAACACCUUCCAUCUCCGUGGUGGUCACGUCGCCCACGCUGCAGAUUGUGGAAGUGGGCCAGACGGUAUACAUCAACUGCACGGGUCGUCAUGUGAUCUCCAACCUGCCGAUUGUCGUGCGGUGGUUCAAGCUGGACGGACGUCUCUCAGAGCGCGCUCAUGCUGAUCGUGGCACGCUGAUCAUCACCAAUACGCAAGUGGACGACAGUGGAGUGUACGUGUGUCGCGGUGAGAACAAUGAGGAGUACAUGGAACAGCGCGUGUCCAUCACUGUCAGCUACUCAAGGCGACCCGAAGUGCAAUUCUAUCCGACCAGUCUGGAUGUUGAGGAGGGAACAAUGGCUCACGUGACGUGUGAGGCGACAGGAAGUCCAGCUCCGAUCAUUGUGUGGGAGAGAAUUGACGGUCUGGGCAGGAGCACGGUGCUGCUGACACCGGAGAACUCUGGCGUGCUGCGCUUCGUGUCCAUUCGCAAGUCGGACGAGGGACAGUACAGGUGCACGGCGAGGAAUCGCGACGGUGAGGACAGCAAGUAUCUGAAUGUGCGCGUGCGCGAGCGACAGGUGUUUCCGCCGCCGAUCACGGAAAUUGCCAUCUUCCCGCCCAGCUUCACGGGACGUCCGGGAGACGCCGUGGAGUUCCGGUGCAUUGGUGAGGGUGUGAUUUCGUGGCGCAAGGAGUACACGAUGUGGCUGCCGCCCAGUGCCAUUGUGAAGGGACACAUCCUGAGCUUCGAGAAUGCCCGCGAGGAGGACUCUGGCCAGUACGUGUGCACAUCUGUCUCGUCGACUGGGCAGCAACACUCGACCGUGGCCAAUUUGACCAUCAUUGAGCACGAAGUGAGAGCGUAUCCCAAGAUCAGACCCGUGGAGCAGAAUCACUUGGUGAUUGAGAACUCUGACUUGUAUCUGGAGUGUGAUGCCACCGGAAGUCCCCUGCCAACGGUCAAGUGGACGAAGCUGCAUGACUCCUUCGAUUCCAAUGUCCAGCAAGUCGGCAAUCAGCUGAGAAUCCUGGGCGCGAAGCAAUACAACAGAGGAGUUUAUGUGUGCGUGGCAGAAAACUCCGAAGGAACCGAUCAGAUCAGCACAAUUAUCGAAAUUGACCAACGCCAAGCGCCGAUUGUGGAGCUACAUCCCAAGGGUCCGCAGACCAUCAGAGUGGGCGAAUCUGCCAUGCUGAGUUGUCGCAGUGUCGCCGGAAUUCCAACUCCGGUCGUUCGCUGGGUGAGAUUGGACAAUAAGCCGCUGCCGACGAAUGUGGACGACAAAUAUCCGGGCACGAUCAUCAUUAGGAAUGCGGCGAUUGGCGAUGGUGGAUCUUAUCAGUGUCUCGGUGAGAAUAUCGCCGGCAGCACGUCUGCCACGGCGGUUCUGAAUGUGGAGCAGCCGCCGGAAGUGACGAUUGAGCCCGGAAUGGACACGCUGGAGCUGACGGAGGGUGACGAGAUGACGCUGUCGUGUCGCGCCAGCGGACAUCCCGCGCCGUCUGUCGAGUGGGUGCUGCCCGACGUGCCGCCAGGCUCUGGCAGCACGGGGCUGUUCAACAACCGCGGCUUGCAGAAGACUCCGGUGGUGUAUCAAGUGUACGAAGUGAAGCCCAGCCACGCGGGCAUGUACAGGUGUCUGGCGAAGAGCAGCGCCGGCGAAGAUGAACACUUCAUCAGGGUGAUCGUGAAGGGCAAGCGCGGAGAUGUGGGGCCCCACGAUAGGGACUAUCCCGGACGCCCGGGCACCACGUACGGCUCUCCGUCGUACGGCGACACCGGCGACUUCCCCCAACACACGUACACGGUGAACGUGGGUCAGCGUGCGCAGCUCUCGUGCGAAGUGGAGAACCCCUAUCAGAGGACCACGUGGCGCAGGACCGACGGCCAUCCGCUGCCGCGCAACGCCAAUCUUUCCGACGGCACGCUGAUCAUCGAGCGCACGGGACACGACGCUGCCGGACGCUAUGAGUGCGUGAUGUCGGACCAUGAUGAGUCCUAUCGCAUCGCCCUGGCACAGGUGGUGGUCGUGGAUGUGCCCAUCAUCACCUUCUCGCCGCCGAUGCCCAUCGUCGUGCGUUCCGGCGAGAACAUCGUGAUCUUCUGUAAUGCCACUGGCGAGGGUCCCAUUCACGUGUUCUGGCACGGCGUCGACUACACACCGCUUCCGUACGCCGUGCGCGCCGAAGGGCCGCACCUCCAAUUCGCGCCCAUCACGCAGAGGGACGCCGGGAAGUACUACUGCACAGCCUCCAAUGCGAACGGCAAUGUGACCAAGGCGGCGGAAGUUAUCGUUAAUCGAAAUGAGAUCGUCGACCGUCAGCCAAUGUACAAUCAGCUGCAGGAAGUAUACGAGGGUGACAAGGUGACGCUGGACUGUCAUCUGCCGGAGGGCGCUCCCGUCACGGACGUGCAGUUCCACUGGAGGCGCGAGAAUGGCCAGAUCACGUCCAAUGCGCAGUUCCACGAUGGCCGCCUCACGCUCACGGACAUCCAUCCGAGCGACGCGGGCAGGUACAUCUGUGAGAUGCUGCUGCCCAACGGCAGCAUCACGCAGAGCUUCGUUGACGUGAGGAUCAAGAGUGAGUAUCGGAGGAGGCGCCACCGGCCGCACAGGGAGUACCCGGUCAGGAAUCCCGGAGGCUACUGA